UUAAAACUAUGUAUGUUUAAUGAUGAUGGGCAUGUAGCACCUUAGAGUUUGUUGUAGAAUAUAGCAAAUGAAGCAUUUUGUUUUGCACAGAAGUACAGUACAUGGUUGUCUCUGGAUUCUGUGCGAGGCGGAGUGCGAGGGACGGGGAGACGUACGGAAUCUCUCUCACUGAAUCAUGUUGGAUGUUAUUGGCUAUACAUAAAUCCGUACGUGGCUCUCCUCCUUAGUGACAGUCACCCUGACUGAAACAAACAGUGGUUUAAAAUAAUAAUAAAUAAUAACUGACACAUUGUUUCGUGACUUCCGUCUUUCUUUUGCGUGUCACGCUACUGAUGAUUCAUUCCUUUGUUGUCAGCAUUGAACCCGAAAGUCAACUUUCCCAACUUUAAUGUUACGCCAUGGGAGUGAAGAUGCGUUGCACUUUGGUUUCUUGUGCUUUUAGAAAACUAAAGGCCCAGAACCAAAUCUGACGGCCAUUUUAUGUGCCCUGCAAAACCUUUGAUCCCAUUUGACCUGCACAAAGUCAAGUUCAAUACUUUAAGGUGCAUCAAAAACUUGAUACAGAAAAAUGGUGACUCAUGUAAACUGCAGUGUGAUGAUGGCGAUUCUAAGUUCAAGAAGAACGCCAGCUUGUUUUCCGUGUUAUGAGGUGUAGUCGGUGGUGAAAGAGUACAAGGAAUCCUUAAGCCAAACAAAAGGACAAAGACAUUCUCUAACAGACUUGCUGGGAAAAGUGCCAUCUUGAAUUCUGCUGAAAAGAAAUGUUGGCAUUGAAUCCGACACAGACGACAGCAGCCUGGUGUAACCAAGGUGCCCAGUUCCCCUCCAUCAUGCCACAGGCUCUGAAGCAUCCCGGCUCCACUGUGCCAAGAGUGGGCUGGAUCCUGGCUGCGCUUCUGUGCCUCGCUCUUCAGGGCGACAGUCACGCUGCUCCCUCUGGGAACAACAAGUUGGUACGUACCACCAGGGUGAGGAGACAGACUGCGGGUAGGGAUCAGCUGUCCUCCGUACAGUCAGGCAACCAGACGCUGCAGGAGCAGCCGCUGGUCUUCAACCACGUCUACAACAUCAACGUGCCGUUGGAGUCGCUGUGCUCAGUCGAUCUGGACUCUUCAGCGCCACCAGGCUCAGGUGAGAGUGAAGGUCCCCGUGCAGAGUUGGGGUCCAAACCCUCUGUUGAAGGACCUGUGGAUGCAGAUGGACCGACAGAGUACACUGAGCAGACACUGGACACUGACAGCCAGGUGACGUUUACUCACCGCAUCAACAUUCCAAAAGCAGCGUGUGGCUGUCCAGCGACUAACGCACUUCAGCAGCUGGCCACCAGGGUGGAGAUGCUGGAGCGAGAAGUCUCCAUGCUCAGAGCUCAGUGUGGAUCCGGAUGCUGUGGGGACAACUCUGCCAUGGGACGUUUUGACUUCUUCCCAGGAUGCAGCGGCCACGGCAGCUUCAGCUUGGACGUUUGUGGCUGCAUCUGUGAAGACGGCUGGACGGGCAAGAACUGCUCGGAGCCCCGCUGCCCGGAUGACUGCUCAGGCCAGGGAGUGUGCAUCGAAGGAGAGUGUGUGUGCGACCGUGACUUCGGAGGGGACAACUGCUCGGAACUGCGAUGUCCUUUGGACUGCUCCGGACGCGGAUUGUGCAUCGACGGCGAGUGUGUGUGCGAGGAGUCGUACACCGGCGAAGACUGCAUGGUGGGAAGGUGUCUCAACGACUGCUCGGACCAGGGACUGUGCAUUAACGGCACGUGCCAGUGCCGGCCCGGGUACGUGGGAGAAGACUGCUCCCUCGUCUACUGCGCCAACAACUGCAGCAAGAAGGGGAUCUGCAAAGACGGCUUCUGUGUCUGUCAGGACGGCUUUGCAGGGGAUGACUGCAACUCAGUGGCUCCUGCUAUGAACCUCAAGAUACGAGGUGUCACGGACGAAGCCAUCGACCUGGAGUGGGAGGGGUCAGUGGUGCUGACCGACUUUCUGGUGACCUACACUCCAAGCAGUCCUGGAGGAGUACAACUUGAGCUCAGACUUCCUGGAAACACCACCACAUGCACCAUCUCAGGUCUGGACGCGGGGAUGGAGUACAAUGUGAACGUGUUUGCCGUCAUAAACAACAGCAUCAGUGCCCCGGCCAGCAUCACCGUCUCCACCUACCUCUCCAAUCCAGACGGUUUAGUCUUCAAAUCCAUCACCGAGACGUCAGUGGAGGUCCAGUGGCAACCGUUCUUCUACUCGUUCGACGGAUGGGAGAUCAGCUUCAUCCCCAAGGACAACGAUGGAGGGAUGACGGCACAACUGCCGAGCACAAUAACGUCCUUUGUGCAGACCGGUCUGAGGCCAGGAGAAGAAUACACGGUGAACCUGGUGGCACUCCGAGAUCAGGGUCGUAGUCAGCCGGUGACUGCGACUGUCACAACAAUGAUUGAUGGCCCGACCCAGCUGAUCAUCCGCGAUGUGUCAGACACGGUGGCUUUCGUGGAGUGGACCCCACCCAAGGCAAAGAUUGAUCAGAUUGUGCUGCGCUACGGUCUCGCCGGAGGGCAGGGGCCGCGGACCACGUUCCGCUUGCAGCCCACGCUCAGCCAGUACUCCCUUCAGGUUCUGCGUCCCGGCUCUCGCUACGAGGUGUCUGUGAGCGGCGUGAGGAAAGGAAAUGAGAGCGGAUCCAUUUCCAUUGAAUUUACGACCGCUUUAUCGUUCUUCUCAGAGAUCGAUGCUCCAAAGAACCUACGGCUCCUGACCAAGACCUCCACCAGCCUGGAGCUGGAGUGGGACAACAGCGAGGCCGAGGUGGAGGUCUACCAGGUGGUGUACAGCACCUUGUCUGGCGAUAUGUAUGAGAAAGUUAUUGUGCCCAAGAAUGAAGGUGCCACCACCAAGACCACCCUGUCAGACUUGCUCCCUGGUACAGAGUAUGGUAUCGGCAUCUCUGCCAUGAGGGGCGUGAACCAGAGCACCCCGGCCACCAUGAACGCCCGGACAGGCCUGGACGUGCCCAUGGAUCUCACUGUGACGGCCUCCACAGACAACAGCAUCACUCUAGCGUGGGGUCUGGUUCAGGGUCCCAUAGACCACUACAAGAUCACCUACACAUCAUCGUCCGGUGUAACUACUGAGGAAACGGUGCCCAAAGACACAACCUCCAUCACCCUGUCGGACCUGGAGCCUGGCACUGAGUACACCAUCACCGUUGCGGCCAGGAGGGGGCGACAGCAAAGCACCGCGGCGACAAUUGACGCCUUCACAGGGAUCAGGCCCGUAACACACCUCUACUUGUCUGAGGUGACUUCAGACUCGGUGUCAGUGGCGUGGAAUGCUCCAGCGCCACCUGCUGACCUCUUCAUCCUGAGCUACAGCUCGGCUGACGGCACAGACACCUCCAAGGUGACGCUGGAAGGCUCCAAGACGAGGUCACUGGUCCAGGGCCUGCUGCCGUCCACUCACUAUACCAUCAGUUUAAUCACCAUUCAGGGAGACGUCACCUCCGAACCCAUUACAGCGUCACUCGCGACAGGGAUGGACCCUCCAAAAGAAAUGGCCGUGUCCGCUGUCACCGAGGAUCUGGUGACCAUCUCCUGGAUCAAACCACUCGCUCCGUUCGAGUACUACAAGCUGUCGUACCAGUCAGCCAGAGGCCGUGUGGACAGCAUGGUAAUCGACAGUGACAUCACCAACUACACCUUGUCCAGCCUGUUUCCAGCAACUGAAUAUGAGAUCAGUCUCUGCGCUGUCAGGGGGAGUCAAGAGAGCAAAACAGUCCGCACGUCUGUCUUCACAGCGAUGGACAUGCCUUCUGAACUGACAGCCCUGAACAUCACACCCCAAGGAGCCCUUCUGAGGUGGAACCCACCCCUGUCGAGCGUGGACAACUACGUGCUGACGCUCACACAGAACCAGGAGACGGCAGACACUUUCCUUGUGGAAGGAAGCAAGCAAGAGCACCAGCUUUCCAACCUGCAGCCGAGCACCGGUUAUUCUGUGGCUCUGUACGCCUCCAAAGGACCCCUCACCAGCGGCACCGUCAUAACUAAUCUCCAAACACCCAUGGACGCUCCGCUCAACCUGACAGCUAGCGAAGUGAACCACCGCAGCGCUCUCAUCUCCUGGCAGCCACCAGUCGCUGAAAUUGACAACUACAUGCUCACCUACAAGUCCGCCGACGGCAGCAGAAAAGAGUUGAUUUUAGAUGCCGAAGACACGUGGAUCCGUCUGGAAGGCCUGGGCGAAAUCACAGAGUACACUGUGAAGCUGCAGGCAGCGCGAGGACUUGACACCAGCGCCGUCGUCUCCACCACCUUCACCACAGGGAGUCGCCUGUUCGCGACGCCUCAGAACUGCGCCCAGCACCUGCUUAAUGGAGAAACCAUGAGUGGCGUCUACACCAUCUACAUCAACAGAGACCCCAGCCAGGGGAUUCAAGUCUACUGUGACAUGACAACCGAUGACGGAGGCUGGAUUGUCUUCCAGCGACGUCAGAACGGCUUAACAGACUUUUCCAGAAAGUGGAGCGACUACAGGGUCGGCUUUGGAAACUUGGAGGAUGAGUUCUGGCUUGGUCUGGACAAUAUCCAGAGAAUCGCAGCUCAGGGUCGAUAUGAGCUGAGGAUCGACAUGAAGGACGGGCAGGAAGCAGUGUUCGCCAACUACGACAAAUUCUCCAUCGGAGACUCCAGAAACCUCUACAAGCUGCGCAUAGGCGACUACAACGGCACCGCAGGUGACUCUCUGAGCUACCACCAGGGGAGGCCCUUCUCCACGAAAGACCGAGACAACGACAUCGCCGUCACCAACUGUGCCUUGUCCUACAAGGGCGCCUGGUGGUACAAGAACUGCCACCGCGCCAACCUCAACGGCAAAUACGGGGAGUCCAGACACAGUCAGGGGAUCAACUGGUACCACUGGAAAGGACAUGAGUUCUCCAUUCCCUUCGUAGAGAUGAAGAUGAGGCCGUUCAACUUCCGCAGCAUCAGCAGCAAGAGGAGGCGGUCUGCUGAAUAAGCCCCUCCCCCUGACUCCGCCUUCUCCACCCAGCUGCCGGUCGUAGAGGAACUGAGCUCUGACCAUGUUUGCUGAGCCGCGACGCUGGUCAUGACUAAAAGAGACUAAUAUUUCCAAACACUGACGUAAACAACGCUAAUGUAAAAAGACGCCGGAGCUCAGUUCUUCUCUGCUUCCGUGCAGCUUUAGUCGUCUUUUCCUGCUGUUCUUCUUCCCACAAGUUAGAAGACACUGUAUGUAAUUUAUGAAACCUUUUGAAUGACAACUGUUGGCUGUAAAAAAAAAGGCAAACAGACGCUUUUUUUUCCUGUAAGUCUGCGAUUUGCCUUUUUCCCUGGAGAUGCUCCCUCAUACCCGGGAGCAUAAAAGCUUAUCUGAUAGAGAGUAGUACGACUUUUAACAGAAAUCUGCUGUUUAUGCCCUUAAAUAAACCCUCGACUGUAAGAUAUAUAUAUUUUUAUAACUGAUAUUGUGGCGAAAAUCCAUCUGUUUAGUAUAAUUUGUUUGCCUUGUUUAGGAGCUUUUAUGAUGCUCUUGUAAACAUUGACAAUAACAUCUGUUAUUUGACGCGAAUUCACACAAAAAGUCAGCGCACCAGCAAAAGCUUCAUCCAUUACUUUCAUGUUUGUGUCCAAUUAAUGCAUUGAAUUACCAGUCGUCGAUAUUUAUAUUGUUCUUGUUGCUGAACUAAUGUUUGCACUGAGCCAGAACAGAGCAGUGUUCCGGAGGGGAAUGCAUCCAUGUCUGGGAAAAAAAAAAGGACCCAAAGUUAGUGCUGUCAAUCUGCUGGAAUCUGAAACAGUGAGGCUGUUUGGUUGGGCGUGUCUCAGAAUAUCAAGCUGAGAGUGUAGUACUUUGCUUCCGCGGUCACAUUACAAAAAUAUAUUUUUAGUAAUUCGUAUUUUAAAAAAUGUAUGUAAAUGUUAUAAAAAAUAAUUCUGUAUCAUUUUUUUAAAUAAUAAUACAUUUAAAAAUUGGCAUCAUAAGUCUGAAACCUUAUUUAAGUUCAAUCUGUACACAUGAGCCUCAAUGGUGGUGAACUCUCACACUAGAUUUAUUACCCUCAAUAAACUGCUUAUUCAUAUGUGUAUUUGCCGCAUAUUACGUGUAUUAUGUACAUUAUAAAGUGUUAGCCUAAUUCAGUCUGAGCAAGACCUCGGAAUAUUUGUCAAAAAUUCACUCUAAAAACACCAUAUUGACCUAAUAUUAGCCAUAAAUAAACAAGUCAUUGGUUUAUCAAUAGUGUGUUCCCCAAUCUAAAGUGUUACCGAAGUCUUUGUGAUAGAAACUACACAGAACAACAAUGUCCACCAGUGCCGCCUCAUUUACCACAGAUCACAAUAUCUAAUAUGGAAUUAUUGCACUGAAGAAUAUAAAUUCAUCAGUAUUAUUUACACAUCUUUUUCUGUAACUACUUGAAAUUCUUCUCUUAAAGUCUCAGCCCUUAAAAAAGCAGAUAUUGAGGUGGAAAACAGUUGUUUGCAAAGUUAUUUUUUUCCAAACGUGACUGCAUUCCCUCUCCAUUCCAAAACUACUGUUGUAUAUUAAUAAUAUUUAUUUAUUUAUUUAUGUAGACGUUUUUUGGCGUUCUGUUAUUUAGUUCUUGCUUGCAGAGAUUGCGACGAUUUCAAAGACAGCUGAGAACAACAUCCCAUGCGAUGCUCAGAAGAAGUAUUGGUGCAGACAAUAAUGAAGUUUUACUUUGGUGAAGUGAUGGAUUGUAAUUCAGCGCGCGCGCGUGUCAAUCCCCUCUCAUACACUGUGAUCACUGAAUUGACAGCGGAGCGAAGUCGUGGCGGUAUUUGGGCUCGGUCACGCUUCAGGGGACGAGAACAAAAGCAGCAGAUGGAGCGAAGCCAAGUCUUCCUCCGACUCGCGCUGCUGCCGAAGCUCCCGGUGAAACGACACAAUCAGCAAACGCGGCCGAGGCUUCAUUCUUCAUGUAGCUGUGCUGUAAUCUGCAGCCGUGAGCGAUGCUGCAGCUGCACUUCGCUGCGACUUCCUCAUUUCCUGUUUUACAGACCGGCGACAAUCUCUUCUGGCUUUAAAUGAAAACCAAAUAAUCGUGGAGAUCUGAUCGGAAUGUUUCCAUCGCUGCAAGCAACCGCUCUCACUCAUCAUUCCCACGUCUCUUUAACCAGCAGGACUCAUAUUUGUAUUGUUUUUUUUUCCCUCUCUAGAGCUCCCAGUGACAGAUUAGUCUAAACUAGAGGUAGGCGAUGUAUUUCCUGCUUCAGAAACUGACUCAUAAUCGACCCACUCCACUGCAGCGUUCCGGACAGUGAGUACAGAAGAGUUUCCUCCCAUCAGACCUGUGUUAUUAGGUGAAAACAGUGAGGGUCCACUUCCUGUUUAUUGUCCUAAGGGCCUCAGCAGAUCAAUGCAAGUGAAGAGAAAGGAGCUGCUUUAAAACUGGAUUCAGAAUCUUCUCCCUUCCUCCAUCUCACCCUGUCCUCUGCUUCCCCUUCCCUCAAACCUACAAACCUCAUGUCCUCCUUCACCACCUCCAUAAACCUCCUCUUUGGCCUUCCUCUCCACCUUCUGCCUGGCAGUUCCAACCUCAACAUCUUCCUACUAAUGUACUGGCUCUGUCUCCUCUGUACAUGUCCAAACCAUCUCCAUCUAGCCUCUCUGACUUUGUCUCCUAAACACCUGACAUGUGCUGUCCUUCUGAUCUACUGCUUCCUGAUCCAAUCCAUCCUGGUCACUCCCAGAGAGAAGCUCAGCAUCUUCAUCUCUGUCACCUCCAGCUCUGCCUCCUGUCUUUUCCUCAGUGAAAUGCAUUCAGAAUAUAGUUCCAAAAAAACUCUUUCUGCUGAAAGGAAAUCUAAAACCUGGACUAUUACUAUACUGUGCAGUAUUGUGUCAAGACUAGCAUAAUAUACUGAGACCUUCAUAGUCAUUUUUUCCCUCUGUCUAGUUCACAUGAAUCUAUAUCAAACCAUGAAAGUCACAAUUAUUGACCACAUUUAUUAUCAGUUAGUAUUGACUUGGCUUGAAAUGUGUAUUUAUCUUCAUCAUGUGGUCACUCUGAAACAGCCGUUUUUGAGAAGGUGGAGCUGCAUUGAAGGUCCUGGCUGUGACUCCAGCUCCUUCACUCCGCAGAUGUGUGUGUUCUCCCUGACCUUAUUGCCCUUCUGCAUAAAGGUGGUUAGAUUCCUUGGUCACACUUCAGAUCAGUGAACAUUUAUUACCCGAAAUAAACUGCUUAUUCAUAUCUGUAUUAGCAGCAGUAGAAAUUUUUAGUUAUAAACUAUGCAUAAGUGUAUGGUAAAGACUGACUAGAUUUUACCCUGGAGUAGCCCACUCUUAAAACACUGUAAUUAUCAGGUAAUAAUCGUGAAUGAGCAAGUCAUUAGUUUAUUAAUAGAUAAUAUGUGUUCCCAUGUGUUCAUUUUUAUUCUCUUUUUGUUCCUUUUUUUAUUAUUUGAACGUAAUUAUUAUGCUACUGCUCACAUAAUGCUGCACAACACAUUUGUGGUCAUGAAGAGCGUCUCAUCCAAAUUCCUGUCAGCAUGAGUAGACUCCAACAAACUACAGCACUAAUGUUUCCUCUAUAAUAAAUUCAGCUCCUGCUUUUCAAUGCCAUGAACGUUCUUUUAGAGGAGUGAGACGCUUGUCAUCGUUUUUGAACAAGCAGCGUCUGACUGAAUGAAGUGUUGCAGACACAAACGUUGAUGUAUGGACUCAGCUGGAGAAAGAGAUGGACUGUGUUCUUGAACGCAGAAACGGCUCGAGCAGUUUUCCCUAGAACGUCAUGUCAUUAAAGGAUCAUUCAAGUUGAACCCUUUGACUCGCAAUACUAUUAGUUUUUAUUCUCCGACAGAAAAUAGAAGCAGUCGUCUUCACUGGAAUGAAAAAAAAAAACCUUGUUUUGGUGGUGUGCCAGCAGGGCGGCGAUAAUGUGACAAUAAUUAUAAUAAUAACUACUGCAUCAUUAUAAUAAAUGUAUUUUGUAUUUUCGCAAUGAUCUAUCUAUUGGCACGUAACUGGUGGUGCUAUACUGCUGUCUGUGUUUAACAGCCUCAUUUAAAGUCAGUCAGUAGGACUUUUUUCAUCUGUAUUUUCUCAACCUUUUUCGGUGCCCUUGAGCAAAGAGACCGGGUGGAUGCUGUACGGAGAACUGGUCCUUGCUGGCUCAAAUGAAACCAUAAUCUGUGAUAGACCGUUUCAUUUACCGAUCGCGGGACAUAGAUCCAGACCUGUGGCUAAGACCAUGAACCGGAUGCUAAAACCUGAAGAACGUGAAGUGAAGUUCAAGCCGUCACUACUUGGUACGACAUAGAAGUCUCCGCGCCGUUCAGUGUGGAUCAUGUUUUCAUCACGACACAAACAGUCUGAAUUCCAUCAAGGUAUUUCAUCAUACCGCUUCGCCGCGUCUCCAAACUGUUUCAAAUCAACUUGAACUUGAAUUUUCCUUCAACCAUGACUGAAACCACCGUCGCCUCCACCAUACUUCCUCCUGCUGCUGUUAACAACUUCAAAAGCGUCUCUCCAUUUCACCUUUGUUUCCUUUGGCUGUAACUCUUUUCCGCUUCCCGCCAUGUAAAUGUAAACCAAUCCAUUACACGGACCGUGUGCAUACAAAAAAAAAAGACGCCACAUGCUGUAAUGAAGGUUUUAUUGUCGGAUCUUACCGUCCACUUUAGCUCGGAAACAUGUAUUGUAUAUUUCCUUUUUUAAUACAUUUUCUACAUAUUAAUAAAAUAUCCAGAUAGUCUGAACUGUUGCUGUC